GUCUGAUGUUUUCUCUCCAGUUUUGUUCUUUCAAGAGGGUGUUUCUCUGUCAGUUCAAGUCGCCCUAUGUCUCAAAUCAAGCAUUCACAAGCUUGACCACGUGUGUGAACUUUUAUAUCAAUGGUUUCAAAUUGAAACAGCUUGGGCAAAACGACCUUCUGCCGUUGAUCACACUUUCCAAGGGCCAGUCUACAUGGAUCACAAAGACUUUGAGGAAUUCUUGAAUCAUCAAAGUUGAACUGCUUUUUGUAGUUGUUUUGAAUUUUGCUGACCAAAAAUGGUGUCAAUUCACGAUUUCCUUUUCUAAGACACAUGAUUCAAACAACUUUUCUGUUCUCAUCAUGACUUUUUGCAUGAUUAGGCAUUUUCAAUUUAUUUCAUGAGAAAAGGUUAAAAAAUCAAUCUUCAAAAGCUUUGAUUUGUAGUAAACUGCCUUUUCCCGGAUUUUUUUGGUAAAUUCUUAAAAAUAUUUUAAUCCGGCUCCAACUGGAAAAUCUGAAGUAAACGUUGAAUGUGAUUUUCUUUCACUUUUGGAUGUUGAGUAUGAAACUUCGCACAGAGUUUUCAACACCAUAAAAAAGUCACUCGAGAAUAUAGAAGUCGUAAAUUGCAAUAAAAAACUAGUUGGAUUUGGUGCGGAUGGCGCAUCCGUUAACAGAGGGAGCAAGUCAGGCGUUAAAAUGUUGCUCAAGGCUGAAGUCCCCUGGAUCACGUUUGGCUGGUGUGUAGCACAUCGUCUCGAGUUAUCAUUAAAAGAAAAAUUAGGAAAAACAGCCUCAUUCAAUGACGUUGAUUACAUGAUUUUAAAAAUGCAUUACAUUUACAAAAAAUCCCCCAAAAAGUUAAGACAUUUGGGUGAACUCGUUUCUAUUAUAGAAGAUGAUGAAUAUAACAUUGGUGGUUUCCGACCUAAGAAAGCCUCCGGUACACGAUGGAUUUCACAUAAAGUUCAGGCUUUAGAAAUGAUUUUAGAUAAAUACGGUGUUUAUUUAACACAUCUGGAAAAUAUGACUGAAGAUAUAACAUUUACCAAUGCUGAAAGAGCUAAGUUUAAAGGAUACCACAAAAAGUGGAUUCAUGCUAGAAUGCCUCUUUAUAUCGCGUUGUUUAUUGAGAUUUUAGCACCAGCAAAGAUGUUGUCAAAAUGUUUUCAAAGUGAUGAGAUAGAUGUGUUGGCUUCAUCAGGGUUUGUUCAACAAGCUAAAAGCCAUUUAAAUCGUAUUCAAAAAACAAAGUUUAUUAAUUUGCCAACAGUAAAACGUUUUCAAAGCCAAAGUGACUGAAAAAGAAGGAAAGUUUUAUUUCCAGGGUGUUGCACUUAACGACUUUGUAAAUGCUAAACAUUUAGUAAAGUCUAAAUCUAUUCAUAUCGAGUUGGUAACAAAUUCAAUCAUAGAGCGUUUGGAAACAAGCGAUACUAUUACUGAUAUGUAUGGUACAAAAGUUUUAAAUACAGAAGGUUGGCUUCAAAGUAUUGAAAAUGAAACAUUCCUGGAUGAAGGAAUAGAAAAUCUUUUUGACUUUUAUAGAGCGCCGUUGCGACAUGCUGGUUUUGCAGGAACUGUAAAUGAUGUUUUGGAUGCUUGGCAUAGCUUGGUAAACUACACUGUAAAAUAUUUAGCACCACAUAAUACCGGUUAUCGUAAGUUAUGGCAUCAAAUUUUUUCUAGCUCAAUGAAAAAUGAAUCGGUUCCGGUUUUACUUAUUGCCGAACUAUUAUUUACUUUGCCUGUUUCUAAUGCGAAAGUUGAACGCCUUUUUUCACUAAUGAAUAGAGUAAAAACGGAUACAAGAAACUCUCUGAAAGAGAAACGUUUAGAAAAUUUAAUUUGAGUAAGUUUCGAUGAAAAAGAUUCCAAUUUAUUUGAUUUAAGUUCUGCUAUCGAGUUAUGGACUAAUGAUGCCGUGCGAAGGCCAAAACAAUCAGUAAGAAAAUGCUAUUCCAAAAAAGCAAAAAAAGCAGGAUUAAAAACAAUAAUCGACUUGGAUUCAUCAUCUAACGAAUCAAGUAAUGAAUAGCGCAAAACAAGAUUAUUUUUUCUCACCUUUUUUUAGUUUAAAAAAGUUUUAAUAAUCAAAUAUUGGUUAAAAAGUUCAUUACCUUUUUAUUGUGUCAUUUUUGUUAAAAAACGAUCAUUAUAUAAAAAACAAUUGUUCGAGUCACAAAAAAUAUUUUUACGUCACUUAAAAGGCAACGCGUUGAAGUGAAAAAGUGAAUUAAGAGCUAAGUUUAAAAGUAAAAACUAUAAACGAUAACGCGGACGUACGCUGUUGUAUUUAAAAACCAAUAGCGUUCAGCUAGUGUUCUAAAAAUAGAUUUUUUUAGUACUAAAAGGCAUUAAGGUAAAGAUAUUUUAGAAAAUUGCACAAAAUCAAUAGAAUUUUCUAAAACGCACUUUAUUGUAGGUUGAUAGCGGUAAAACAAACAAUUUGACGUCACCUAAAAUGUACGCUAUUAAAGAAAAAGUUAAGAAAAAUUUGAUCGUCUGGAUAAUUUUUUGGUCGUCUACUUUAUUACUUUUAUUAUUUCUGCCGAUCAGUGUUGAUCGGCAACCUUCAAAUAAUUAUU